UGGUACAUAUAAACUUUAUCAAAUCACAGAGUGAUCGUAUUGAUAACGUGUUAUAAAAUAAUUUAUAAAUUUAUAGUAUCUUGAAAUUUAAAUAAAGACGAAAUUUAUACCCGUAAAAUGAGAUAAUACUUAUAUAAGGUAAACUAUUACAGCGAGAAAUCUCAUACAAUGGAGAAGAGAAAUAGUAAGAUGUGUGUUACAACGUUCAUUUAUAUAAAAGUAAAAGUAGAGGUUACUGUGCACAUAUAGUGACAAUAGGCUCCACAUAAUUUAUAUUCAUACGAAGAUGUCAAUUUUCGGUGCUUCUUUGUUUGACAAUCAUUUUUCAUCACGUUUUUACAACAAGUUUCAUAAUUUUUUAUAUUUUUUUUUUCUUUUUGGCAGCAUUUCAUAAUUUCUAAUGAUCAAAUAUUUUGAAGACAUCAGCUCUCCUUUAAGGGAUUUCCCGACAGCCAACGACCGGCUCAUUAAAUGGGUCAACUCAAAUUGAGAAGUCCACUAACCUCCUAUGAUAACCCUAAGGAAACUUUCAAGCUGUCAACCUCUCCCCCUUCGCUCUUCUGUUUACGACCAAAUGGAACCUGAGGGAGUGUCACUACCGUGGAUCCACUCACAUCGUUUGAUGCCUUGGAAUGAUCUGAGGAGAGGUGAUUGUUGUCGACUCUUUGAAUCUCAGAGUGAUGGGUACUAUUGUAAACUCUGUGAUCUUUUCGUGCACAAGAAAUGUUGUGACGAGCUCUCUGAAUUCAUCGACCACCCAUCUCACGCUUACCCCAUUCACUCUCUCAUGCUACAAAAAGAAAGAGAUUUAUGUUUUUUGUGUGGAAGGAAGAACGUGAGUAUACACCAUCGUUGUCAGAUAUGUAACUUUGAAGUGGAUCUACUAUGUGCCAAGUACCCACCACCUGAUGUUCUUGAAAAUGUCAAAAUGCACGGCCACAAACUCACACUUGUCAAGGAACUGACCGGGUUUGAUUGUUCUGCUAAAUGCGGGAAGACUGAUAAGGGGUUUCCAUACAAAUGUGAAGAAUGUGAAGAUGUAGCCUUCCAUGUGGAUUGUGUUUGGCACCCAACAGCAGAGGUAAAACAACAAUUGGAGGUAGACCAUUCUUACCACCCCUUGCAUCUUCUUAAUCUCUUCACUGGUCCACCACCGGACUAUUCUGAUGGAAAAUGUUGUCUUUGUGGAAGAGAGGUUGAUGAAGAAUUCUUUUAUCAUUGUUCUUCUUGUAACUUCACCUUGCGUUGUGUUCUGCACCCACCACAACAGACUAUUGUAGAUUUGAAUGCUCAUGAUCACCCACUCAGCCUUCUUCCAAGACUCGAUUCUUUUAAAUGUAAUGCCUGCGGUCUCACGGGAGAUCGAAGCCCUUACAUAUGUGUUCCAUGCGGUUUCAUGAUCCAUCAAGACUGUCUUCUCCUUCCACGUGUCAUUAAUAUCAACCGACAUGAUCACCGUGUUUCUCGUACUUCUGUUCUUGGUGAGGGUGCUAUGAAUUCUGUGUGUGGAGUUUGUCGCAAGAAGGUGGACUGGACUCGUGGAGGGUUUUCUUGUCAGAGGUGUCUUGGCUAUGUCGUUCACUCUAAUUGUGCUACCAACAAAGAUGUGUGGAACGGGAAAGAACUUGAAGGAUUACUUGAAGAAGAAGAAGAUACAAAGCCUUAUUUGGUGAUAGAUGACAACACAAUACAACAUUUCAGCCACAAAGAGCAUCACCUAAAGCUCCAUAUGAAUGGCAUUCGGUAUGAAGAGAGCAAACGAUGCAGGGCAUGCAACCAUCCGAUAGGUCUCCAAUCGUUUUAUGGCUGUAUGAAAUGUAAUUUUUCUCUCCACAAGAAAUGUGCUGAAUGUCCUAAAAGGAAAUGGCAUGUGCUACACAAUGACCGGCUCACUUUAGUUAUUAACGAGGAGGAAAAUGUCUUCAAUUGUGAUGCUUGCGAAAUGGAUUCCAAUGGUUUCAUGUACAAGCAUGGGGAUACAAAGUUGGAUGUCUUGUGCGGUUCAGUUCUUGAGCCAUUUGUCCAUCCAAGUCAUCCACACCACCCCUUAUAUCACAUUCCAACAGAAAAAGAAGAAAUAUGCAAUGGUUGCAACAGCUGGGAAACACAUAUCCUCAGGUGCAUUGAAGGUGAUUGUGGAUUUAUAUUGGGCUUCGAAUGUGCCACUCUACCACAAGUGGUAAAACACAUAGCUUACAAUCAUCCUCUCUCACUAUGCUAUGGAGAAGAAGAGGUAAUUGGUAAAUACUGGUGUGACAUUUGUGAGAAAGAAGUUAAUCCAAAAGAAUGGUUCUACACGUGUAAAGAUCACUUGGCUAGUUUGCAUACAAAUUGUGUGCUUGGAAGCUUUUCAGGGCUCAUGCCAAGAAGCAUAGCAAAAUUCUUGUGGAAAUCGUAUGAGGUGGUGCUCAAUAAUAGUGUAACUCGUCCAUUUUGCAGCGAAUUCGAAGUGAAGUGGGCUGAGGCCACUGACAAGAUUUUUCUCACUGUAGUAUUAGCUGAUUCUUAG